AGACCUCAUGUGCUGUGAGGAGAGGAAGGGACUGCAGUCCUCUGGCUCUCUCACAAACUAACGAGCUCCGGAUCGAAAUCUAGUCUCAACUGAAAAUAUAUUUUGUACAGAAGAAUAGGGUUCGUUAACGCUUUGUCCUAGAUCUGUAGGAUACUAUGAUUAAAAUAAUAAUGCAACCGUUUUAAGUUACAUUUUAAAUUUGAAAUCUCGUUCAUAAUGUGGAGUCGAUCUACACUCAAGUUUAUCUUCGGUGUAUUAGCUGUGAUUAAAGUUCAGUCAGCCUCAGAAGAGCUGUGUCCUCGACAAGAGCCCCUUCCUGGAGUUUUUGUCUUGAAGUUAGGAAGCAAUGUUGUGCUUGGCUGCAGAGGCGGUGUCUCUGUGGACGGUGUGCCAUUGGCUUCGUCCAGUGUCACAAAUAAAAAAUACAGAAACAAGCAGACAGAAGACAUCACUGUCAGCUGGACACCCCAAAGAGGUGCUGCUAAUGCUACACAGCUAAUCAGUAUGAAUGGAAAUGCUAAAACUGAGACAUACAAAAAGUUUGAUUCUGGUAUGUAUUCCAAAGCUAAAUGGGACACAACAGUCACCGUUAAACCACCUGUAACCGUAAGAAAGGAACAUACCACUUCUAGACGUGUUUUGCGUGCUGUCAGUCAAACUACUGGAAAGGAGGAGGAGGUCUUUGAUAUCACCAUGGGGAAUGAUUUUCAUCAUGACUAUUAUGAGGACUAUGAUUAUGAAGAUGAACGGUCCAGGGUGACAAGAGGCAUCAAAAGGCGAACACGCUGGACUCUCAAUGGACGACAGUUGCAUUCUGGAGUGGAAAGGGGAGGCAUUUUAAGACGGCCAUAUAUCAGCGGGGCAGAUGCUGGGAAUUACAGCUGCUACAGAGGAGAGAGACUUAUUUCCAAAUUCAGAAUCAGCGUAGGGGUGCCCCCAGAGAGUCCCACUGUCUACUGUUACAAGAAGUUUCACACCAGUAAAGUCCGCUGUGAUUGGACAUCCAAAACUCAAGUAACCCCGCGGCCACUGUGUUACCUACUUCUUUUUAGAGAAUCGUUUGGUAGCGUCACUCGUGUACCUUGUUCAUUCUCCCGCUCGCGCUGCUGGUGUGCUUUCCACAUGGAGGAGGGUGACAGAGAUCUCUAUGGGGCAAAACUGUGUGUGUCUAACACAGCAGGCAGUGCCACAAGCCCUUACAUCAGGUUCAAGCUUCAUGAAAUCAUUAAGCCUGACCCUCCGACCUUCGUGGUGGUGAGAGCGGUUGAGGGCCAGAAGCAUAUGCUUAAAGUAUCCUGGUCUUAUCCCAGUUCCUGGAAGCAUGACUUCUAUACCCUGAAUUUCCAGCUGAGAUACCGACCACAGCUCACAGAACAGUUCCAGUCAGUGCUGAUAGAUGACAGGACUUCCUGGACAAUUUAUGAUGCUCUGCCACACACUCAGUAUGCAGUGCAGCUCCGGGCCAAGGAUGAGUUUGAAGGUGUCUGGAGUGACUGGACUGACACUGUCUAUGCAGUCAGUUGGGCAGCUCCGGAGAUGACAACUACCUCUAAGAGCAUUACUUUGGAGCCCUUUGAGAUGUUUCCUGAAGGUUCAGGAGGAUGUGGAGAAGACCAUGUUGUAGUUAAGUGUGAGCAAGAAAGCAUGGGUUCAGGGGCAGUAAAUGGAGCUAAUGAUACUGACUAUGCUACAGUGUGGCUGUGUGUGGUGUGUUUUUGGGCUGUGUUUUAUUGUAGUCCUCAUCAUGCUCACAGUCUAUUUACUCAGGUAUAGGCUGCAUUUCACGUCUAGAACAGGAAAACAGACUUUGCCCUUUGCAUUUCUCCUUCAUUACCCUCGGCCUCUUCCCGCUCCUGCUCUUUCUGAACAGCUUCCAGAGGAGGAAAAGUCUCUGCUGUCUCCUCCAAAACACAGCCAGCAACAUUUCCUUCCUGUUCAGUAAGAGGAGCAGGAGGGCAUUCGUCUCAUUAACAUGGAUUAUGACAUGAGUAAACAGAAGAAACCCCACUGUAGUGUAUACAAAGAGACUGACUAAGAUUCACAUGCUGUUUUUAUGUGAUUCGGUAGACUUUUAUGAGUUUGAAAAGAAAUACUGAGUGUUAUUGAAUAGACAAAGUAUUUAAUCUGUGACUACAUUUCAUCCGUUACUGUAUAUCAUGGAUAUUUAGACUACUUUCAAAACCAUUUGUAAAUAAGGGUUUAUUAAAUGUUGACCAUGGCAGUCUCAC